CCGAUUCGAUCCGAUACAACUCACUAUAUAGCCUAUAUAGCCUAGUCCGUACGACAAUACGACUUGCGGGGUUUUUUUCGACUUUAUUUUCGCGCCCUGCCAACGUUUCGCGUGUUUCUAUCCCGGCUUUCAACUGAAAUUUUUCAAAUCUCAACAACAAAGCACUCAAGCAGCGGCAGCAAAAACAGCAAGCAAAAUGUCGGAGCCGGCGUCCGUUUGUCACAAGUGCAAUGAGGUCAUCGAGCAGCGCAUCAUCACGGCGCUGGGAAAGACCUGGCAUCCGGAGCACUUCGCCUGCAAGGACUGCCACCGGCCCAUCUCGGAGGCUACCUUUAACAUCCAGGCCGAGGAGCCAGUCUGCUCCGACUGCUUCGUGAAGAACUACUCGGGCACCUGCUUCGGCUGCAAGCAGCCCAUCCUGGAGCGCACCAUCAAGGCCAUGGAGCAGUCGUGGCACGAGGAGUGCUUUGUGUGCAACGGUCCCUGCAAGAAGCCGCUGGUGGGCACCUCCUUCUACGAGCGGGACGGACAUCCCUACUGCCGGGUGGACUUCGAGCAGCUCUUCGCCGCCCGCUGCGCCGGAUGUGGUCAGCCAAUCACGGAGAACGCGAUCGUGGCCCUCAACGCCAAGUGGCAUCGCGACUGCUUCAAGUGCAAGAAAUGCGGCGCUCCCAUCACGGCCAGUACCUUCGCUGUGGAGGACAACAAGCCACUGUGCACGGCCUGCUCCGGCUAGAAAUCCGGACCCGUGUCCGUACCAUUCACUUCGAUAUCUAUGUAUAUUAUCUAUUAUUAUGGUAUUUGUAGUAAUCCAAAUUGUUGAACCCAUCCCCGAGAACACAAGAACAGAGCCGAACGAAAGGAAGCAAGGUCAUAAUAAUGUGCAAAUGAAAAUUCCAAUCCACUGGAGGAGGGAAAAAGAAAUCGUAAUAUUUGAUGGACAUGAACACGAAAAGUGCAUUCGAUGAUGGUGGGUGGUGCUGGGUUGAUAUGCGGGGCAGGGGGUGUUAAUGCUUAAAAUAAUUAUAAUUCUCCUUAGUUGAUAUAUAUGCCGUCUGUCCCUCUCUCCCUCUUUCUCUCUCUCACUCACACUCUCACCCCCUCCCCCCC